GUGCCGAUUACCUUCCCCCCACCACGAACCCGCAACCCCGACGAGCAUUUCAUCUCAACUCUCCAACUUGCGAUAGUCAACAUGGCUACUAUCCCACCCGGCGAUCACAAGGCAUAUAUGCGGCUUGCUCUCGAUCAAGCACAUAAAUCGCCACCAAAGCCAACCAACUACCGUGUGGGAGCCGUCCUGGUGGACUCGGCCGCAAACGAGAUCCUUGCGACUGGCUACACGCUCGAGCUGCCGGGCAACACUCACGCAGAGCAGACUUGCUUCAUGAAGCUGGCUGAGAAGCAUGGUGUUUCCGAAGAGGAUCUUAAAACGGCACUACCGGCCGAGCUGGUCCUCUACACCACGGUUGAACCCUGCUCAAAGCGGCUGAGUGGGAAUCUACCAUGUGUUGAGAGGGUGAUCAGGCUCGCUGGCUCGAUCAGGACCGUCUACGUUGGGAUUAUGGAGCCAGAGACGUUUGUGGCGGAUAACACUGGGAAGAAGAGCCUUGAAGACGCGGGGAUAGCUGUUGUCCAUGUGGAAGGCUUUGAGCAAGAGAUCUUAGACGUUGCGACCGCUGGUCAUGUCAAGGGUUGACCGCAAUAAGUCUCCAUCCGUUCGUAUGUUCUUUGAGUUAGUCGGCAGGUCACGACCAGGAAGGGAACUCGCUUCCCCUAUUCCUUCCUUGACAGCGACAUCAAGCUAUGGACUUCAGGGGCAAACCCCCUAUUACCCCUGAAUAUUCUGUCAACACCACAAAAUCAAAAGUAAUGGUUAUAUCAUACCACAACUCGAUCGAAACGAGAAACCCUCCUCCCCUUUUACUUUUACACGUUACAUUUUCAAACACAAGGUUUAGAGCGUAACUGGAAAGAAGGGAAAUGCAACCCUAAAAUCUCCACGACAAGAAUGUGUCUUAACGAUGACACUUCCUUGACAAUACCAUCAACUACGUAAGGAAAACAUACUGCGGCAGCAUCGUGAGGCAACUUCUUCGAGUUUGACUUAUG